GACCUAAGGUCGUUUUCGUCAUGGCCAUUGAUGGCAUGAGUAGAGGUGGUCAGCUAUAUAACCAGUACGGUCGACUUGUUUCCGUCAGUCACGUGUUUAACAUGGGUUUUAAGGAGUUUAUUUUUGUGUUCGCAUUAAUCGCCGUCUCUACGGCGGAAAAGGGUCCAAAGGAAUCGGCGGAUCUGAAAGCCGAUACCUCCUAUGGCCUAGGUUACGCCAGUUACUACAAUGACUACGACGACUUUGACGGAUACUACGGAGGAUACGGUAAGUACGGCGGACUUGGUUACGGCGGCUACGGUGGCUACGGUGGCUACGGAGGAUACGGCGGUUACGGCGGAUAUGGCGGAUAUGGUGGGUAUGGCGGAUAUGGUGGACAUGGAGGUUAUGGUGGUUACGGAGGAUACAGAAACGGUUACCGGAGGUACCACAGUUACUAUCCGAGAUAUGGAAGCAACUACUACUACGAUUAUGACGAUUACCCGAGUUACAGCGGCUACGGCGGAUAUGGCAGGAGCUACUACCGUAGGAAUCCUUAUUCGAGCAGUUAUUACGGAGGACAUUAUUUAUAAUAAAUAAUUAAAAAAGGUUUUUCCUUGAAAUUUAACCUGCCGUUAUUGAAACUUUAUGUAUUAUUUGUUGGCAAUACAUUCAGAGGUGCCAACGUUCAAUAAAGUUACCAAGAUGUUUUUUUAAAUAUAUAGAAUAUAAAAUAUUUUUUGUUGUAAAUACAGUGUUUAAAACCGA